AAAAAAAAUUUUUUUAAAUAAUGAUAACAUUUAUAAGAAAUACUAAGUCAAAAUGUAUUCCGCGACCGAAUAUUCAUAUUAAUUUAAGAGUUUAUUAUUUGAUAUCGUUAAAAAGGAAUAAAAGUAAUAAAAGGUUUGAAACCUUUAGAUUACAUUUCGGAAAUGACCUCACCAAGACUAUUAGUGAACUUUCACCAGCCCAGACUUGGCCCUUCGCAAUACAUAAUUAUUCAACGACAGCAGAACAUGCUAUGUCCACUGUUUCUUCUGAAAUAAGCUAUCAUUCCCCAGAACCGUUAAGCAUAAAUAACCCAUUAGUAAUCCUUCCUCAACCUCGUUAUACACCCAGAGAAACGGGAAAAAUACUCUUUACAGAACAUCUCGCUGUUUUACGAGCGUGCUUAAAAAUAGGAGAAGUAGAACGUGCAAGGCAUAUUUUAACCAAUUUAUAUAAAAAUUCAAGUGAUACGAAAAAACAUUUAGACAUAAAGCUACAUAAUGAGUUUAUUGAAUCUUAUUUAGAAACAAAACCUGUGCCUAGGAUCAAUGAAGCCUUACAAUGGUUUGAUAAAUUGAAUUAUUAUGGGCUAACUCCUGAUUUAGCGACUUUUGCUAUUUUAAUAAGAGGUUAUUUGAGAUUGGAUUUAGAUUUUCUCGGAUCUUCGAUGUUAAAUAUUCUAGUAAAAGAAAUUGAAGAAUGUGGUUAUUCGUUUGAACAAUUAAUUGAAAGUAAUUUAUUAUCUGACAAAGAAACAGAAAAAGUAUUAUAUUUAUUACGAGCAGAUACAGAUUCCAACAAAACAUCAAAAAAGCUUAUGGAAAAAAUUGAGAAUGUUAUUGAAAAACAAACACCCGUUAUGAUAAAUGAGUUGAACGUGGAUGAGCCAAUUUCUACAAAGUCGUUUGGAGUAAGGUUGAUGAAAAGUGCUCUUUCGGCUAUCAAGGAAAGAGAUCUAGGUUCAGUUAAACGUCAAAUCAAAUUAGAAGAGAAUGCAUUACUAGCUGCUACGGAGCGUUGGAAGCAUGGAAAUGAACGAAAAGAUAAAUUUGUUAAUUUGCAAAAGAAUGUUUUGAAAAAAUCAAUGUGGUCGUGGCACGAAAAGUUAGUUCCUCUAAUUCAAGAGGAAUUGAAGAGAUGUAAAAACAAAGAUACCUUAUUAACUGAUAGAGAACGCGCAAGUUACGGACCAUUUUUGCAAUUAUUAAGCGCUGAAAAACUUUCGGCUAUUACAAUAUUAGAAUUAUUGCGUCAAAAUGGCGGAGGAGGAAUUGGUGAAGGAGUGAAAACUACACGUGCUGUGCUUUCGAUUGGAAAAUCGGUUGAGAAUGAGUAUAAUUCAGAACAAUUGAAGAAGAGACGAAAUCGUUUUGCGUUCAACAAAGAUUUAAGCGUUCAUGAACUGUUUGCUUCUGGAAAACUUUUCAAUAUGACGAUUCGGCGAGCAGCAGCCAAAUUUGAGUCAAAAGAUAUGCAAACAAGUUGGAACCCCGAAUGGCCAAUAGCCGUCAGAGCUAAGGUUGGUUCUAUCUUAGCUUCCAUGUUACUAGAAUGUGCAACUAUACCAACUACUACUAUUAAUGAAGAGAAAAACGAGAAAAUUUCUAUGGAAGCACCCGCCUUUUAUCAUUCGUAUAUUCAACAUAAAGGGAAAAGGACGGGAAUUAUUAAGUUUAAUCCACAAUUAAUUCAAUAUUUGUCAAAGGAACCUGUCAGAGAUAGUAUACAUCCACAAAUGUUACCAAUGUUGGUUCACCCAAGACCUUGGUUAACUUAUAAUAGCGGUGGAUAUCUUACAUCUCCAACAUAUGCUAUGAGAUCAAGAGAUUGUCCCGAACAAUUGGCUUAUCUGCAAAAAGCAUCUGAAGAAGGACAUUUGGACCGUGUUUUCGCAGGAUUGGAUGUUCUAGGAUCCACUUGUUGGACAAUUAAUAAGAAAAUAUACAAAGUAGUGCUAGAAGCUUGGAAUAAAGGAGAGGCUUUAGGCAAUAUACCACCAGCUGAAAUAGACUUAAAAAUGCCCGAUAAACCUGAGAAUUUUGAAACUGAAAUGUCUGUAAAAGUUAAGUGGUUUAAAGAUUGUAAAGAUAUUGCUCGUAAAAUUUGUAAUAAUCAUUCUGAAAGGUGUACAGCAAAUUAUAAAGUCGAUAUUGCUGGUGCUUUUUUAAACGAAAAUAUGUACUUUCCUCACAGUCUUGAUUUCCGAGGUCGUGCAUACCCUAUACCACCUCUGUUUAAUCACUUAGGAAAUGAUUUGUGUCGAGGUCUAUUACUGUUUAAAGACUCCAAACCAUUGCGUAAAAAUGGGUUGACUUGGCUUAAGAUUCAAAUUGCCAAUCUAGCUGGGAAUGAUAAAGUUUCCUUUGAAGAUCGUAUAAAAUUUACUGAAGACCACUUGGAAGAUAUAAAAGAUUCCGCUAAAAACCCUCUCGAUGGCAGAGGCUGGUGGAUAAAAGCCGAAGAUCCUUGGCAAUGUUUGGCUGCGUGUUUUGAACUACAAGAUGCAUUAGAGUCUCCAGAUCCCGAAAAAUACCUCUCACAAAUUCCAAUACAUCAAGAUGGCACAUGUAAUGGAUUACAACAUUAUGCGGCACUUGGUGGUGAUUUGGAAGGAGCAAAACAGGUCGAUUUAUAUCCUUCAGAUAAACCAUCUGAUAUAUAUACUAGCGUAGCUGCGAGAGUAAAUGAAAUGAUAGCAAAAGACUUAGCUGCAUAUUCUGAGCCGUUAGAAUCUCUGGAAGAUAAAAAACAGAACAAUUUAUAUCCUUUUAAUAUAUAUAGUGAUAUGGAUGCGAAAAUAAAUGUAAAAGAUUUAGCAUUAAUUUUGCAUGGCAAGAUUUCUCGUAAAAUUGUCAAACAACCUGUGAUGACAAGUGUUUAUGGUGUAACUUUUAUUGGAGCUAGGUUACAAAUAGAAUCACGUCUCAAAGAGAGACAAGAUAUUCCUCAGGAGAAAAUUAGAGAUUUAUCAUUGUAUAUUACUAGACUUGUAUUUGAAUGUCUUGGAGAAAUGUUUUAUGGUGCUAGGGCUAUCCAGGACUGGCUUGUCGAAUGUGCUAAGAGAAUUUCAAAGAGUGUACCGGCAGAAGUUGUGUUAGAUCAAAAUUCUUCCGAAUAUAGAGAUGAUGAAAAUUUCAUUAAUCAUAAUCUAGAAAGUUUACAAUACAAUGAAAACGGUAAUAAAAAGAAUACUAUAAAUGACAGUGAAAAAGAGUUAUGUGAGAGUAAAAGGAACAACCACGACAAUUUGAUUAACAAAAAAAGACCUAUAGCUAAAAUUCCACCUAGUAAGCCAGGUCAAAAUCAAAUGACAACUGUCGUUUGGACUACUCCAUUAGACUUGCCAAUUGUGCAACCUUAUCGUAAAUUAAGCAAGAGAGCUGUCAAAACUAAUCUUCAAACAAUUAAUAUUUCAGAUCCGAAUCAUCCUAGUCCAGUGGACUCUACUAAACAACGACAAGCAUUUCCACCCAAUUUUAUUCAUUCUCUCGAUGCAACUCACAUGUUAAUGACUGCACUAGCUUGUAACGAAAAAAAUUUAACUUUUGCUUCUGUGCAUGAUAGUUUUUGGACUCAUGCUUGUGAUGUGGAUGUUAUGAAUAAAAUAAUACGUGAUCAAUUCAUCCAACUUCAUGAACAGCCUAUCAUGGAAAAUCUACGAAAUGAAUUUAUUGAGCGUUAUAAAGGAUAUAUAAUUCCCGUUAAAAUAUUAAGAGAGGAUCUUGAAAAAUUAAAAUUGCAAAAGAUGGAAGAGACAGAAAAGAAUUCGAUAACAAUAACAGAUAAUGGAUACGAACCAACCCUUAGCUUAGAUGAUUUAUAUAAGAUAAUACCAAAUUCUCAAAAGAACAAGGAUUCAAAACUCAGAGAAUUUACAAACACUUUAAGUGCUAAUAAUGCAAUUGAUUUGGACAAUGAAGUAGCAAAGUCAUUGACUGACAUAACAAACAUUAAUAAUAUAUCAGAUGAUUUAUUCGAUGAGGAUCAUGAUAUAGAUGAGGAAGCAGAAACAAAUAAGAAAAAGAAAAAAUAUAUUCACAUUUGGGUGGAUUUAACUUUUCCAAAAUUGCCAGAAAAAGGUGAAUUUAAAUUAUCCUCAAUUAUGGAAAGUCAAUAUUUCUUUGAUUAAGCUUUUUUUAAUCUCAAGUUUAAAUAUUGAUAUUUAAUAAAUUAUUUAAAAUUUGGCAAAUAGUCAUAUCAUAAAUUUUCUAUUGUCACAUUAUAUAUAUAUGUAUUUAAAUGUUAAUUAAAAAUGAAUAAUUAUACAUGUAAUUUAAUUUUUUUUACAUUAAUAUUUAAUCUUCUAUAACUUGCAUGAUUUGA